CAGGCUUUGACUGUGUCGCCAUGGAUGACGUACAGAAAUUUCUGGACGAGUCGCCAGCAGACACAUACUUCUCCAUCGCCGCCGACGCUCACCACUGGGCGGAAUUCAACUAUCCUCCGCAUCUAGUACACGAUGGCUACGUGCCAAUUGGCCCGCAGAACACCAACGACAUCACCACCCCAGCUACAUAUCACAGCACUCCAACAACGAGCGAAGAGACCUCUGCGAUCCCAGGGGCAUCACGCCACGAGUCUGUAGAACUCAGACCAGCCAUCCGUCGCCGGCGAACAACUCCCGCUCAUCCCCUGACAUCGCAGAAGACAUUAACUGGACGAACAAGCAAGCGAUCUGCGCGGCGACGACAUAAUCCCUCUCUCCAAAAUCAGAGGGUGGUAGAAUCUGAGCCCGAACAGGAAUCCUCUGGUGCUCCGAUGCCAUGUCCCUUCAUCAUCUACGGCUGCCCACGAACCUCCUUUGGC